CAGUUAACAGUGUAACCUUUUAUAUGAGGGAGAGGGGAGCCUAAAAAAUGUCGUCCAGUGGCACCCUAAGUAACUACUAUGUGGACUCUCUCAUAGGCCAUGAGAGCGAUGAAGUGUACGCCGGGCGCUUCGGACAGGCGGGGCAUGGCACGGCCGCCAGGCCGUCAGGUGUGGCCGAUGGGGCCGAAUUCUCCUCCUGUAGCUUUGCCCCUAAAUCCACCGUGUUCUCCGCCUCCUGGCCCACCGUACCCCCACAACCCUCGGCUGCUAUGACAGGGAUCUACCAUCCCUAUGUGCAUCAACCCCAUUUAGCAGCCUCCGAGCCCAGCCGGUACGUGCGCUCCUGGAUCGAGCCCUUUCCGAGUUUCCCCAGCAGCAGUACGGGGAGCAGCGGCACCGGGAGCAGCAGCGGCGGCGGCGGCGGCGGCGGCGGCGGCGGCGGCACGUCCUCCACGGGGCGCCACUACGGAAUUAAGCCUGAAACAGGAGUAGCUCCCGCCACCUCCUCUUCAUCCUCCUCUUCCUCCUCCUCUUCUUCUUCUUCUUCCUCCUCCUCCUGUCCCUCCUCCUCUUCCACCUCCUCUUCCUCCUCUACCAAAAGAACUGAAUGCUCCUCGUCCCGGGAGUCCCAGGGGAUCAGUGUCCCCGAGUACACGUGCAAUUCCUUCCUGCAGGAGCCCCGGGAAAAGGCGGCAGCGGCAGCGGCAGCUGCAGCAGCGGGGGUUGCUGGAGUGGCCAACAGCAAGGAACCCUCCGCUUGCAGCGACCAUCCUAGUCCGAGCAGCCAGCUGAAGGAGGAGAAGCAACAGCAGCAGCAACAGCAGCAGCAGCAACAACAACAGCAGCAACUUGACCCAAAUAACCCUGCAGCAAACUGGAUCCACGCACGUUCCACCAGGAAAAAACGCUGUCCCUACACAAAAUACCAGACCCUGGAGCUGGAAAAGGAAUUCCUCUUUAACAUGUAUCUCACCCGAGACCGCCGCUACGAAGUGGCUAGGAUUCUGAACCUCACCGAGAGGCAGGUCAAAAUCUGGUUUCAAAACCGAAGGAUGAAAAUGAAAAAGAUGAAUAAGGAAAAGGGGAGUAAAGGAGACUAAUGCCCCUUGGAAAUGAAUUGGUUUUGCAAAUACAUAUUACCCUUUCCUUUUUCAGAAACUCUCCAACAACCAGGUCUUUUUAGGUAGAAGUGAAAUGUUGUCUCUGUAAGCUAUUUUUGGGGGGAACUUCAUUAUUUGUUCUCUGGUGUGUUAAAAAGUUGCUUUGACCCUCCUUUCUCCUCCCUCCUUCCGAACAGGUCUGGUUCCUCGGGGAAAUUGUCUAUUGUGAGUGCACGCUAGCUUUGGGGAACUCUCUAAUGUGUAAAUGUCUGACAUGUUUCUGAAGUGAUGUAGUCUAGAUUCCCCCUUCGCCAGAAUUGAGGCGAGGAUAUAUAAUAAUCACGAUAAUAAUAAAAUUAUAUUAAAGGCGCAGUUGCUUCCAUCCAUGGCAGUACAAUGUUGUUCAGUUAUUCAAAGAAAUCAUUCCCCCUGCCUCAGCUUUGCCUUUGGAAUUUCUGCAUUUACUUAGUUUGCAUUAGGUGCCAGCACCAGGCCAGGAGAGCCUGAAAUUGGUGUGUGUAUGUGUGUGUAUGUUUGUUUUCUUCUGCACUUUUAAGGGGUCAUCUCAUACUUGAAAGGGUUUGUCGUGGGCCUGACAUAUGCUGGACUGGGCCCUGAGGAGCUUUGGUCACUUGUAUUUGCCUUCUUAUUUUUCUAACUGAAGACCAGUUGUAAAUGUUGUCAGUUAUUACCAAUAAAGCUUGAAUUGACCAAAAGAAAACCAUCCACAAGUUA